AUGAAAAGACAAAUUCUAUCAACUUUACAAUUCAUUCUUAUUAUUAGUAUUUUUUCAAAUACUGAACAACUUGAAUUUUGGCUUACAGAUCCAGAUGCUAAAGUUUUCUUUCAACAACAACCUUCUAUUUUACCCAAUACGAACUAUAAUGCUGCUGAUAAUAUAAUAACUAUUAAUGCAAAUGAAAAAUAUCAAACUAUUGAUGGUUUUGGUUAUACAUUAACUGGUGGUAGUGCAUUACAUUUACAUAAUCUUGAUAAUACAUUACGUGCACAAAUUCUACAAGAAUUAUUUAAUACAGAUAAGAAUAACAUAGGUGUUAGUUAUCUUCGUAUUAGUAUUGGUGCAUCAGAUUUAGAUGAAAAAGUUUUUUCUUACAAUGAUUUAUUACCAGGUGAAACUGAUGUGAAUAUGACUCGUUUUGAUUUAGGAUAUGAUCGAUUAUAUCUAAUUCCAAUUUUAAAAGAAAUUCUAGCUAUUAAUCCUAAUAUAAAAUUAAUGGGAUCACCAUGGUCCCCACCGAUAUGGAUGAAAUCUAAUAAAAAUAGUAUUGGAGGAACAUUAUUAGCUGAAUAUUAUGAUGCUUAUGCACUUUAUCUUGUUCGUUAUAUAGAAGAAAUGAAAAAAGAAGGUAUCACUAUAGAUGCUAUUACAAUUCAAAAUGAACCAUUACAUCCAGGAAAUAAUCCAUCUUUAUUAAUGAUAGCAACUGUUCAAGCUCAAUUUAUUAAACAAAGUUUAGGACCAAUAUUUCGAAAACAUUCUAUAAAUACAAAAAUAAUUGUUUAUGAUCAUAAUGCUGAUCAUCCAGAUUAUCCAGUAACAAUAUUCAAAGAUCAUGAUGCGAAACAAUAUGUUGAUGGAUCCGCUUUUCAUUUAUAUGCUGGAUCUAUUGAUGCUUUAUCGACUGUACAUGAACAAUUUCCAGAUAAAAAUUUAUAUUUUACUGAACAAUGGGUAGGUGCACCAGGUAAUUUAAAAGGUGAUUUAGUUUGGCAUGUUAAAAAUCUUAUUGUUGGUGCAACUCGAAAUUGGGCACGAACAGUUUUAGAAUGGAAUGUAGCAGCUAAUUCAAAAUUAGAACCACAUACACCUGGUGGAUGUACACAAUGUUUAGGUGCUUUAACAAUUGAUGGUAAUCAAAUUUUAUCACCACGAAAUCCUGCUUAUUAUAUUAUUGCACAUGCUGCUAAAUUUGUUCGUCCUAAUUCAAUUAGAAUUGGAUCAAAUAUAGUAUCAGGACUUCCGAAUGUUGCAUUUCAACGAGACAAUGAUAUGAAAAAAGUUUUAAUUGUUGUCAACGAAAACAAUUCUGGUAAACAAACAUUCCAAAUACAAUGCGAUGAUAAAAUAUACAAUACCUCAUUGAAUGGAGGCAGUGUUGGCACUUAUAUUUGCUGA